UGACGGGAUCAGCAGGAAUAGGCGAGCUGUGGACAUCCAGCAGACUCUUGCAGCAUGGACAGCGAUGAUGAUAACUUGGAGGAGAUGGUGGAAGGUCCAUUGGAUGAAGAUGAUCAGCCCCAUGGCUUCUGCACAGUGACCUACUCAUCCAGUGAUCGGUUCGAGGGACACUUCACCCACGGAGAGAAGAAUGGAAAGGGCAAGUUCUUCUUCUUUGAUGGAAGCACCCUGGAGGGUUUCUACGUAGAUGAUGCUCUGCAGGGCCAGGGGUUGUAUACAUAUGAAGAUGGGGGUGUCCUCCAUGGGACGUAUGUGGACGGUGAGCUCAACGGACCUGCUCAGGAGUUCAAUGGAGAGGGCACCCUGGUGUUCAAGGGCCAGUACAAAGACAACAACCGCUGUGGGGAAUGCUGGGUCUACUACCCUGAUGGGGGCUGCGUGUUUGGGGAUGUGAAUGAGGACGGGGAGAUGACCGGCGCCUCUGUUGCAUACAUCUACCCCGACCGACGCACGGCUCUCUACGGAAGCUUCGUGGAUGGAGAGCUGAUCGAGGCUCGGCUCGCCACCCUGAUCUCCAACGAGGCUGGGAGGCCACGCUUCGAAAUCGCACCCGACAGUGCUGUUUACUCAUAUGACAAGUCCACAUCCACCUGUAUUGGCACCCACACUCUGCUCCAAGACCCCUAUGAGAGCCAGAGGGUGUUUGUGGCAGACUCUGUGAUCAAAGGAGCAGGACAGGGUCUGUUUGCAAGGACAGACGCUGAGGCGGACACCGUGAUGGCCUUUUAUAACGGAGUACGCAUAACACACUCUGAGGUGGACAGCAGAGACUGGGCAAUGAACGGCAACACAAUCUCCCUGGACGAGGACACCGUGCUCGACGUGCCUCAGCCAUUCGACCAGCUGGAGAGAUACUGCGCCUCUCUGGGUCACAAGGCCAAUCACUCGUUCACCCCCAACUGCAAAUAUGACCCGGUUGUCCACCCUCGUUUUGGGCCAAUAAAGUGCAUCAGAACCGUAAGGGCAGUUCAGAAGGAUGAGGAGCUGACAGUCGCCUAUGGUUAUGAUCACAAUCCGAUAGGGAAGAACGGCCCAGAAGCCCCCGACUGGUACAAGCAGGAGCUGUCGGUGUUCCAGGAGAGACAGACGGCUCCCACCGGCCAGUGAGGAUACAGAUGAAUACCUUUGGACAAUAAGGCACACCUCUAGCUGUGCUACCUACCACCUUACAAAAUUUCAGGAGCAUUAUCCCCCCUACAGCUGCAUACCGCACUACACAUAUGGGAGAAGUUACUGUGCUUCAUAUGGUAUUCAAGUGGAAUACAGCUUGAGCAUUUCAGGUCUUGGAGAUCCAGGGCUAAAGCAACACAAGAACUAUGCAAGACACCAAAUGUUAUUAGAGGAGAAAUAUAAGUGGUUGCAGGUGCUGUUCUGACAGAAAUGUCCUUUGAGUUCCUCAUCAUGUAUUACUCAUAAAAAACUGAAGAUUCACACACUCAUGUUUGUUGCUUUUUAAAUUUACAGUGUGACAAAUUACUGUUGGUUUCAGUUGGUUUCAGUUUUCUGUCUGUAUAUUCUCUCCACUGUUUUACACAGCAGCUGCAGUUUAAUCAUAUUCAUUUACUCAGCAAGGUGUUGACUUUAACAGCACUGUUUGUACCGCACAGUAUUUACCUGUUCUGUUUCAGUUGUUUAGCUCACACUUCAUUUGAACUAAUCUAGCUGUCUGACCCAUUUACAUUAUUCACUUAGCUUAAAGAUAAACAAGUGUAUACAGUGACUAUUUAUAAUAUGUGAAACAGGUAAAGAGCUGAAUUUCCUGGGAUUUGCAGAGGUGAUAAGUAAUUUAAGUUGGAAAGAGAAUUAUGGGAGAUCUACUACAGGAAACACAUGUGAGCUGGUUCCAUUUUUCUAACCUGAUUACCUGUGGUCAUACCAUACAAAAUAAAGUCCAAGAUUU